GUUUCGUUUUUUAAAUAAACAACUGCGGACGAGUUUAAUGGCGAAGUCGCUUACACUGUGUAACGAGUAAAAAAAAACAUCGCGUGAAUAACGUGUACGUAAAAAAAUUAUAAUAAUCAAAUCUUACUUUGCAUGCGUCGUAUACGUUGAUACGUGAGUGCAGUUUGCGUGUUCUAAAGGCGCAGCACUGCAAUUGCUCGGUGAGGUCGCACUGCUGCUGGUGGAAGGGCCUCUUAGUCUCAAGGGUAUUUUGGCCUACUCUUCCACGCUGGCCAGCCGCGUUUGCAAGAGGACACACAGGGCAUGAGUGAGACGGAGGGUCGGGGGAGAGGAGGUGGAGGCUGGCUGCGAGGUGGCCACAGAAGCUGGCGCGGUGCUUCAAGAGGGUCAGGAGGUAGCUGGCGUGGCCGCUACAACGGCCGGGGAGGCGGUGGUGGCAGCUGCUUCCGUGGUGGAUCCAAUGUGUCAUCUCCAAAGAUUCCCUCUUCGUGCCAAGCCAGGGUCCUUCAAACCACCCUGGAUGAUUUCUGCCCAUACCCAGGAUGGAAGCUCUACUUUCCUUCCGAAGUUUAUUGCAACUCCGGAGGAAUUGUCACCAAAGUGGAGGCCUUUGAGAAGUUUUUCAUUGCAAGACUUGAACUGUAUAAUAAGGAUGAGAUUGAAGAGAAAGGUAGCAUCCUGGUGGACUUCAAAGAACUGGUGGAGGACCACUGUCUGACUGUCGCUAUGCCUACGCUGACAGAUGACCUUGCUGAGACUCCUGACCGUGUGCUGCAGUACAUGGGGUUGGCCGUGCAUCAGACCCUUACGAAGGACUUGGAAAGUCAGGUGGUGCAGCUGCAGAAACAAGCCGACAUCCAGCAAGAAGAGGCGCCCACCGUGAACGUGCCUCUUAUAAACGUUCGAAUUUACAACUACGAGCCGCUGACCCAGUUGAAGAACUUGCGUGCCAACUGCUACGGGAGGCUGGUGGCGAUCCGCGGCACGGUGGUGCGUGUCGGCAACAUCAAACCGCUGUGCACUCGUCUCGCCUUCUCCUGCAAUGUGUGCGGAACCGAGCAAGCGCUGCCGCUCCCGUACGGGAAAUUCACGCUCCCGACCAAGUGCGCAGAUGAAGAUUGCCGCUCGAGAACAUUCAUGCCGAACAGACGCUCUCAGCUCACCGAGACUGUUGACUGGCAAAAUAUCAAGGUGCAGGAGCUGAUGCACGGGGAGCAGCGUGAGGCCGGCAGGAUCCCUCGCACGGUGGAGUGUGAGCUCACGCACGACCUCGUCGACAGCUGCGUCCCCGGGGACGUCAUCACCCUCACGGGCAUCGUAAAGGUCGCCAGCAGCGAUGAAGGACGCAACAAAAGCAACAAGGACAAGUGCAUGUUCCUGCUGUACAUCCAGGCGGUGGCGGUGAGCAACACCAAGGGCAGCGUAGUGACGGGGGCGGAAGAUACGGCACCUGGGGUGGCGCUGGAUUUCUCUCUCAAGGAGCUGUAUGCCGUGCAGGAGAUCCAAGCGCAGCCCGACCUCUUUCGUCUCCUUGUGCAUUCUAUUUGUCCGACCAUUUACGGCCACGAGCUGGUAAAAGCCGGGCUGGCCCUGGCCCUUUUUGGCGGCGUCCAACGCUACGUGACGGACAAGAACCGCAUCCCCGUGCGCGGAGACCCCCAUGUGCUCAUCGUGGGUGACCCAGGCCUCGGCAAGAGCCAAAUGCUGCAGGCGGUGUGCAACAUAGCGCCGCGGGGCGUGUACGUGUGCGGCAACACCACCACCACGGCCGGACUCACCGUCACGCUUUCCAAGGACGGUCCCUCAGGGGACUACGCGCUGGAAGCUGGUGCCCUGGUCCUGGGAGAUCAAGGCUUGUGCUGUAUCGACGAGUUUGACAAAAUGCCAAAUCAACACCAGGCACUGCUGGAGGCGAUGGAGCAACAGGGUAUCAGCUUGGCCAAGGCUGGCGUGGUUUGCAGCCUUCCGGCACGAACGUCCAUCGUGGCAGCUGCCAAUCCUGUCUGUGGGCACUACAACAAGUCCAAGACUGUCUCCGAGAACCUAAAGAUGGGCAGUGCCCUGCUGUCGCGCUUCGACCUCGUCUUCAUCCUGGUGGACACUCCGGACGAGGAGCGCGACCACGUGCUCUCGGAGCACGUCAUGGCCAUGCACGCCGGCAAGCGGCUGCUGGCGGGGGCCUCCGUGAGCCGUGCGGCUGUCCCUGGGCUGGAGCUCGCCGCCUCUCGUCUGACGAUGUCCUCGGUGACCUCUCUCUUUCCGAUCGACUUAAGGUUAAUUACGGGCGCUCGCCGCGUCGCCCUGCGCGCGUGCGCAGGCCGGCGCGGCGAGGCGCUGGACCCCGUGCCCCACUCGCUGCUGCGCAAGUACGUUGGCUACGCGCGGCGCUACGUGCGCCCACGCCUCUCGGCAGAGGCGGCGCAGACACUGCAGGACUUCUACUUGGAACUGCGGCGGCAGCACCACGGGGGAGAUGGCACGCCCAUCACCACGCGCCAGCUCGAGUCGCUCAUCCGUCUCACCGAGGUGACCCCACGUGCCUCCCUCCCACCGCCCGCCCCACCACCCUGCUUACAAACUAUGUCCCAAUAG